GAAAAAGAAAACAACAUUUUUCCCGUUUUAACUCUUGCUCCAAUCCUAAACAAACAGAACCCUAAAUAAACCCCACUCAUACGGCCUUUGCAUAUUGAAGCCUUCAUUUGCAUGUUAUUCCUUCUCUUUCUCUAACAAGAAGAAACGCAAAUAUCAAUUACUAAUGGCAGUUGAAGCUCCACAUAUGACCCUCAACCCUUCUCAAUUUCUUCCAAACAGGGACAUGAUUGAUCAUCAACCCAACACAAUAACAUAUGGAAUCGCUCCGCUUCCCAUGAUUCCGAUGUAUGGUGCCGGAAUGACGGAUUCCAUUCCGACGCCUGCUUUCAAGGCAGAUAGCGGACUUACCUCUAGCCUUCCAAGGAAACGACCACGCCAUGAUGAUCAAGUUUCCUCUUUUACUCCACCCUUCUCCCUUCCAAACGCUCCGAUUGUGAAUCAAAACGAACAUGGCACAUUCGCGUUUUUCGGUGAAGAUAUCGCGUCGCACAUCUAUCAACAGCAAGUGGAGAUUGAUCGUUUCAUUUCUCAUCAUACUGAGAAGGUGAGGACGGAGAUCCAGGAGAUACGAAAGAGAAACUCGAGGAGAUUAAUAGCAGCAGCCCAGGAAGGAAUAAUGAAGAGACUGAAAGCCAAAGAAGAUGAAAUCGUGAAGAUCGGACAGAUGAAUUGGUCUUUAGAAGAAAAAGUGAAAUCUCUAAACGUAGAAAAUCAAAUAUGGAGAGAAUUAGCUGAAACCAACGAAGCAACAGCCAACGCCCUACGAAACAAUCUCCAACAAGUCCAAGAACAGCUUCAGCUGCGACAGCAUCACAGUCUCGAUUUCAAUAACAAUUCCGCCUCAAUCGAUGACGCUCAAUCACACUGCGGAAGCAACCAUGACCUGGAUCGCAUGUUAGCGGAGGAAAGCGGAGAAGAGAGAAAGAAUAGGAGCAGGUACGGCGGAAUGAACAGGCGAUGCCGAAAUUGUGGGAAGGAAGAGUCAUGCGUGUUGCUGCUUCCUUGCAGGCAUCUGUGCAUGUGUACCAUCUGUGCCUCUGGUAUCAGCAUUUGCCCCGUCUGUAAAUCAAAAAAAUCUGCCGGUGUUCAUGUCAACAUGAAUUAAUUGUAAAUAAAUCUAGUUUUCAUGAUUCUGAAGAAUCAAAUUGUUUAUUUAAUUUCCAGUAUUGGUUGCCAGAUAGCGACACUGAUUCCCAGUAUUAGUUACUAGAUAGGAAGACGAUACCGGUUAAAAAAAGAAAAGGGUCACGAGGGAUUGAAGCGGUGUUCACGGCUUUAUAUUUAAUGAAGAGAAAAAGGGUGAAAUCAAAGGGCCAAACCCCUGCAAAAUUGCAAAGUGUCGAAUGUGGAUAGCGUAUUUUGAGGGGCAUAAUUGCGUAUCUUACAUCAAGUCUAAACUGUCGGUCUCUUUAGUAGGAGUGCAAAAAAGAUAAGAGGGGGAACAGACCACGAUGAUAGUGUGGGUGUGUGCACGUUAAUUAAGU